AUGGAGACAGCAGAUUUUAAGAGAGCAGCAAACAAAGGUAUCGAACCACAACAUGAGAACAGCGACAUUGCUUCUUUAUCGACGCUAGGGAUGAGAAUAAGGAAAUCGGUCGCAGAUGGUUAUAACGUACCAUCUAACAAGUAUAAUGGAUAUAAUGCAUAUGACCGUAUGGGAUAUACUAGUCAUGGAGAAUAUGGGAGAGUUGAACCCAAGGCCAUUGGAAUAUUCGGGGGUAACCAGGAUGGAAGCAAUAUAGAUUAUGAACCGGCCAGAGUCCCAUUACCUACCCAUAUGAGUCAACCACCGGCAUUGACUAACGUUGGAUCUACUAUCGGAACAUGUUCGAAUUUGUCUGAAUGGGAAAACAAUUAUGCAAGCCAUGCGCCGGCUAUCAGCACAUUGGGAGUCUUUGACCAGGGCGCAAAGGGAAAGAGAAAGUUCGACGACAUUGAUGAGGAUGCAGUUGCAUACGGCAGCGGUGCUGGUGCUAGUCCUGGUGCGAUCUCCACCAAUACGACCUAUGAUAUGGGUACAGAAUAUUACCGGGCAAAAUAUGGCGAGUUAAAGUUCGACGAAGACUUCUAA